AUGUCUCAGACAUGGGCAGUUCUGGCUGCACUCCUUUUCUUGCUAAUCAAUCUGGUUGAAGGGCCAGCUUACAACAUGGUGAGUGUGGAGGCUGGUCAUGAAGCUGUGUUGAGUUGCUCUUAUGUCUCCAAGGUGUCUUUGCUAAGGGUGACAUGGAAGAUGAAAUGCAGCACUUGCUGCCUGUUGGCCAGUAGAAGUGAUCACAGUGAAACAAAGAAGUUAAACUGCAGUGAGAGGAUGAUGCGGGAAUAUUCACCUGACACUGACCCUGCUCUUUGUACUUACCCUGUGAACCUUGGUGAUGAGGGAAAUUACACCUGUGAAAUUGCCAGCAGUGCAGGAAUUUUCUUUUUUUUCUCUUUGACUGUGAUAGUCCCUCCUACAGUCACUCUGACCUGUGACAAGAGCAGGGGCUGUCAAGGGUCUGCUGGAAAGCCAGCUGCUGACAUCUCCUGGAUCCCUGCAGGUAAUCACAGCACCAAGAAAGAAGUCCAUCACCACAACGGAACAGUGACCAGAGUGAGCUACAUAGGCUGGAUCAACAGCAUUCCCAGUGUCACCUGCCUGGUUACCCACCCAGCUACAAACCAGACCUGUCAUGUAAAUCUUUCAGACACUUCCCCCAGGCUGUCCUAUCUCCUGGUAGGAGGAUCUGCAAAUGUUGCUGAUGUCAGUGGUGUGACUUUAUGCUUGAUUUUCAGGUGCAGAGAAUGUGUAUUGCUGUUGAUGGCAGAAACCUGCCUGAUUAAAGAUCGGUUGAAAACAGACAGGCAUUUUACAAUGAGGGAAAAAGGUGCAAUUCCUUAUGCUACUAAGAACUUCAGGUCCACACCAUCACAGGAGAAAACAGCUGCAGUCAAGCCUCCUGUCUUAUCAGAGAGUGUCUAUCAGAAUUACAACCCAAGAAUGAUAGAUAUGAACUAUCAACAGU